UUGCUCUGUGCGAACACUCGUUCCAAUUUCAUGUCCACAAAGUGACGAAACUCAAGACAUUGAGUACAACAAUCAUGCCAGCACUCAUCACAUUGAGUGUCAAACAAAGGGCUCCGGUGGUGAGCCCCUGUCCUAUAAUUUCUACUUCCGCAGUCCUACUUUGGUAAUUGUGGAAUGGGAAGCACCCGAUGACUUCAUCAAUGUAUCCAGUAAUGAUUACUACUCAAUUCGUCUGAAUGAUCAAGAAGUAGAGUCGGUCAGGCCAAUAUCAAGGGCGCUAAGUGUUCUUGUUUUUGUGGACUUGUGCAUUUCACAGAACGUGACUAUUCUGCCAAUCAGAGAAGGAAUGAAACCUGGAGUUGUAGAGAUACCUGUGCGAAACUGGGAAAAUGAGGAGUUCAUCAAACGUGAUUUGGAACAGCAGAGAUACGCGGUAAUGGAAAAAUGCGGCUUCUGUCCUGCCGAGAGUUUGGACAAGUUGUGCAGGAUUCCAUUUGAACACAAUGGACGGAAGUACAACACAUGCAUUCCAGUCACUAGCAAAGACACUCUACAAUGCAAAGACAGUGAAGAGAAUUUCUUGGACUGCUUUCAUGAUGACAGAAACAACAUGUGCAAACCCUCUGCACCGGAGUUGGGACCUAUCUCAUUCCAGACUCUGGUGGCCGGCAAGUCAGUUCGCCUCUUUUGGACUGUCUCUUCCAACUUGUACGACUAUUUUGAAAUAGUGAUCAACGGGCAGCAGCCAACAGUGGUGGAAACAACAGAGUUCAACGCGACCAGUUUGAUUCCCGGCGAAAUGUAUGAAGUAGAAGUGUACAUGUACAGCUUUCAUAGACGAAUCGGACCCCAGACUCUCGUAUUUACCAUGUCAAAUUUGGAUGGAAAUCUGGCAACCACAAAGAUCACAUCAGUAUCUGCUACUUUGGUUGUCGAAAGGAGCGAACACAGUUAUCUUACAAAUUCAUCUGAGAUUUGUCCGGUUGACCAAUUAGAAUUGACUUCUCAUAUUCAAGACACCGACUUCAUUCCAAUUUUUCUCUCUCGAGAACAAAUAGAAGCCAAAAGUUCAACCAAAAGGGUGGAUGCUUCAAAUGAGCUGGAAAUGGACCAAUUGCCGUCUGGAAUCUUCGUUUGUUUUGUCGUUGCUCCAAUUGACGCGUGCACUAAUACUACAAUAAGGAAUAGAACUCUAACAAGCUGUGCUCCUAUUGUUCCUCAACCAUUGAACGAACUGACGAGCAACUUGACCUUUGUUGUUGAAAACGAGAACGCCACAGCAGAGGGGAGGGGAGUCAAGAUUAGACGCACAGCAGAGGGGAGGGGGGUGAACAUAAGUGCGACAUUGAGCCAGCUAACUGCCGCUGAGUUCAUCAGUGUAUUAGUGACUCACUCAGUUCCAGACAUCACAGUUAUUGACAAUAACGACCUGAAACUGAUGAUCAAGGGCCAGGAAACCCUAAUAAAGAACACGGCAUCUUCCGAGUGCAGAACUGCCUCUUGUGUAUCUGUAUCGGAAGAUUCAGGCGAAAUCCUGUUCAGCUCGGAAGUUGUAGCACCUGAGAACUGGGAACCGGGUUUGAGAUCUGAAGUGGAAAUAUUCACUCGAACUGGAUUUUCAGAAUCAGAACGCACAUUUGUUUAUCAUUAUGAAGCUCCCUACCCAGUGGAGCAAUUAGACGUCUAUAUGGUGGAAGAAACAUCUCUCAGCGUGUCUUGGCUGCCUCCUUCUGUUGGAUAUUUUGACAACUUUCUAGUUGAAGUCUCAUUGAAUGGCGAUAUCAUACAUUCGCAGAAAAUUGAUGGAUACUUGAGCUACAUUGCCACUGAUUUGGUGCCUGGCACUGAAUAUACAGUUUCUGUCUUCGCAGUCGCAGACCCUCAAGGUCAAGUGAGGUCAAAACCAGUUACUAUCACCCAAGAUACAGCUCCAAUUGCGCCGAAAAAUUUGUCAGUUAACCUGUUAUCGGACCUUCGAACAAUCGCUGUCACUUUUUAUCACCCCGAAGCUGCGAAAAUCAAUGGGUUCCAAAUCGAAAUCUUCAAAAUCGAGGAAGAUGGAAAUGAAGUUAAGUCGACUCAGAAUGUUCUAGAGGAUGGCUCAAUCACCUUGCCCCUUUUUUUGAACUCAGAUGAACUUACGUGUGAGGUGCAGUUAGCUGAGUUCGCAUCAGUGUACUCAGUGAAGGUCAGGAGUUUGAGCAUGAAUGGCCAACCCAGCAUCAGGUUUAUAAGUCGGGAUGUCAUCACAGGACUACCUGACAAAGUUGUUAUUCUGCGUGAGUUCUCCAAGGAUUCUGAUCACAUCUGUUUGUUGUGGGAGAUUUUCAAUGGGACCAGACGUGGAAUUGUGAACAAAUUACGCUCCGUGCUUCUACAGGACAACAGUUUUCUUCGACAGAGUCAGACAUCGGAUGUAUCUUCGAAGUCGGCAGAGCUUGGAGUCGGAAUGAAAUGUCUGCAGUAUAUCCACAAUUACACUGAUGACAACUUAACAGCGCAGCUGUUGUUUUGGAGAGAGCAUCAAUCAAGUGGUCUAAAGACAUCCGCACCAAUCAGCCAGUUCAAAAUUGUCCCAAACGAAGAUAUCACCUUCCACUUGUACUCGAAUGUCAGCUGUCAAUCUGAACAGUGCACUGUCAAUCUUCGUGGAGCUUAUCUUCCCCACAUAGAUAUUUUCGUCUUCCUAUGCAAACUCUACGAAAAAAUUGAAAAUUCAACCGAAACAGAUUUAAUCAUCCGAGAAAUACUUCUGGAGGGCUCACAGUGUAACAAAGAGUUGAACCUUUGCACCUUCACUUUAUCUGAGUUGACCCCGAAUACCAACUACACUAUCGAGAUCCAGCCGUCUUUGUUUGGAGAAAAAAUGCCCCAUAUCUUCAAAGCUGAAUUUGUCACAGACGAAACUGAUGAGAAAUCUCUGAGUGUGCUGGUCAUCAUAAUCAUUGUCGCUGCGUCGGUCGCCUUUCUUACCCUGAUUGGCUUCGCUUCUGCGCUCUUCUUGCGCAUAAUACGAUCACAUCAAAAGUCAGUUGGAGAUGAGAAGGGGGAAGAGCCAACGGCGUUAGGGUACGAUAACCCCACCUACUAUGGCCCUUACGACCUCUAUCAAGAAACUGAAUACGGAGAGCCAGGUAGUCAUGAUGAGCCAGAUUACACUGAGAAGGCUGAAAAAAUAAAACCAGAUGCGAAAGAAGAUCUCGGAGAGCCAAUCGUCUUUGAUCAAGUGAUGACCUAGGAGAGAAAUAUAUCAGAAAACAGAAGCUGGAGAAAUACUUGUGAUCAAAACUUUAAAUAGAAUAUUUCACACUUUUUAUAGAACUAUAUUACUUUACUAGAAAAAUUUUUAGCUUCGUAGACAGACUUUGAAAUCUUGAAACUCAAU